UUGAUCGAAGCUGGACCGGCGGUUUAUUGGGAGGAAGGAUCGAGCGCAGUCGCUUGCGUUGUGAAUGUGAACUUGGACCGGCGGUGUGCUCGGUAGUCGGCAUCGGCAGUUCAGGUACCCUGCCCCUCUGAACCAUCUCCAGGCUCCACCGCCCCAAAACACUUCCACUGUAUGCCGUACAUUCGCAACGCUGAUUACGCCACCACCAGUUUCUGAAGAAUCAUGCCACCAGAUCUCCCUGGCUACUACUAUGACGCCCAGAAGAACAGGUAUUUCCCUCUCAAAGGCCCAAUACCUGGCGCUUCUCGCACUUCCUCCUCCUCCUCUUCAGCCCAUGAUCAUAAACGAAUUUCAAAGUCCACCCCGAGAGUCUAUUCAUGUUCGAAGGCUGACUUAAGAACAGUGAAGUUGAUUCAAGACAGGGAGUUAUAUGGUGAUGUUAAAGGAAAGUGCAACUUCAAGGAAAAAUUCCAAAACUUACAGGCAUCCAAACCAGUGGUUUGGAAAUACCACGGGACAGAUAGAAUAGGUGAUAGUGCUUUGCAAGAAAUACCUAUUAAUGUGCAUACCUCGGAGGGUCAAAUGGAAUCUUCUGUUCUUUUAACAGGCAAUAGAAAUGGCUCCUUGAGUUUUUUUGGAGUUGGAGAGGGUGAUCAACAUAUUGGGCGUGGAGUAAAUUGUAGUCCAGAAAUUGUUUGGCCAUCGAAUGGAGAAAACCAAGUGUUUGAAAAAGUUCCCAGAGAUAUUUGGCAACUUUCGGGUGCUUCAUUGCAAAUGUCAUCAAACAUAUCUUCUAUAAAAUUGUUUAAGAAGCGCUUUCCUUUGGUGCAUGAUGACGUUUCUGAUAUUCAACAUGCAUUAAUAAGUACAUUGGGGUCUGACACAUCUGGUGGAUCAGUUUAUAUUCUAAAUCUCGUUGAACCAUUGGAUUUUAAUCGAAGUAUUCCUCUCAUUAGACGAAGGAUACACGAGGUUGCUUCUUUCAAUUGUUCCAUCUGGACAGCUGAUUGUGGAUCUAGUGGAGGUAGAGCUGUGAUUGGAACCAGCAUGGGAGCUGCUUCAGUUGAUAUGGGAACUGGCAGGAUAUCAUGGAUCUUACAUGGUAAAAGUGACGUUUUUGCGCUACAACUCAUUCAUUCGCAGGAAACUGUUGUUCUGUGUGGACUUAGAAAUGGCAUGAUUGUGACAGUUGAUACUCGUGAAAGACAGGAAGUAGUCAAAAGACUUUUAAGGCAUCGAAUUCCUUACUCGCCUGUAGGUAGAAACUCCAGAACAUCUUCUCAGCAGUGGUUUAAGCUCACGGGGAACAUUUUCCCUUCUUGUACCGUCAAAAUGCCUUCAUCCAUAUCCAGCUUGGCUUCGCUUCAGUUUGACGACCGAUACUUUUUGGCAAGCUCCAUGGAUGGAACGGUAAGACUUUAUGAUCAUCGCCUUAUCCAGAGAGGUGCUGUACAAACCUAUGAUGGGCAUGCAAAUUCACAUACUCGUAUACAGCUUGGAGUUGAUCCCUCAGAGACAUUUGUCGUGUCUGGCGGAGAAGACUGCUACUUUCGUCUGUGGAAUAUCAAGUCUGGUAAAUUGAUAUUUGAAGAUAAGUUUGUUGAUGCUGUCCCCUCAACCAUAUGCUGGCGAAGAGCUGAAAGAUUUCUGAGAGGGCAAGACGGAUACCGAGGCUGGGAAGAGCAUAUUUCGGGAGCAUGGCUUGGGUCACAAGGAGGGCUUCAUUAUGUGAGCUGGCCAAGGACAUGAAUGAAAUUGUGUGAGGAUUUCUGGCCAAUCUAGUUUGGCUUUCUAGAAUUGCGAUAAUUUAACCUUUGAGUGGAGUAUAGGUUCUGCUUUUAUGUAUAUAUGCUUCAGCUAAGGAAUGAAGUCACUCAGAGUCAGCGGGUAAGGUCAUCAGUUUUAAUUUACUUUUUCUUCUUUGUAAAACUUUCGGCAGAACCAUAUUACGAGCUGUUUCCUUAGGUUGUAAAUGCAUAGAAAUAUAUAGUUACAUUUCUGUUUUAUGAUAUUUCAAUACAAAAACCAGAUAUUUAUUGAUGUAAAA